AUGAAAGACACAGUGAGCUGCGGAUGGGAGCAGCAGAGAGAAACCGCACUUAUUCAUCUCUCCAUCCACACGUACCUUACACCCUUUAACGAGAGCUGCAUUAAUUGCAUUUCAAUAAUUAAACGAGCUGUAAUCGCCUCCCAAACCUCUCUCAGUGGUCUAUGCUGCCAUGUUGAUCCUGGACAUUUUGUCACCACUCCUCCUCCUCCUCUCCAUUCUGUUGCCGGGCUACGACUGUACCACCAGCUGCAGGCAGCGGGGGGGCAGGAAAACAUCAUUUUUUCCCCACUGAGCGUGUCUGUUGCCCUGGGCAUGGUCGAGCUGGGAGCACGGGGGGCUUCACUGGAGGAGAUACGACAGGCUGUGGGAUUCAGCCACCUGCUGCCAGGCGUCGAGUUCUCUUUGCUCCAGAACCUGACAGUGGCACUUUCCGACGACGACACCCACUGCAUGAUCCGAUUCGCUAACAGCCUCUUCCUGCAGGACGGCGUCGCCUUCAACCCAGAGUUUCUGCACAUGAUCAAGAAGUACUUCCGAGCUGAAGUGGAAACCGUGGACUUCAGCAAAUCAUCCACAGUUGCUGAGCAGAUCAACAGCUGGGUGGAGAACCACACAGAGAGUAAGAUCCGUGCGCUGCUGUCUGCUGAGGACUUCAGCAGCGUGACCCGCCUGACCCUAGUAAACGCCAUCUAUUUCCGAGGCUCCUGGAAAAACCAGUUCAGGCCUGAGAAUACCAGGACCUUCUCCUUCACCAGAGAUGAUGGCUCUGAAGUUCAGACCCUUAUGAUGUAUCAGCAGGGAGACUUUUACUAUGGUGAGUUCAGCGACGGAUCACAGGAGGCUGGCGGAGUGUAUCAGGUAUUGGAGAUGCCCUAUGAGGGAGAUGACAUGUCCAUGAUGAUCGUCCUGCCUCGGCAGGAGGUACCCCUGGCUUCCCUCGAGCCCAUCAUCAAAGCGCCUCUGCUGGAGGAGUGGGCUAACAAUGUUAAACGACAAAAGGUGGAAGUAUACCUCCCCAGGUUUAAGGUGGAGCAGAAGAUUGAUCUGAGGAGCCAUUUGCAGGAACUGGGAAUUAAGAAGAUCUUCACCAAUGAUGCUGAUCUCUCAGCCAUGACAAAUGGUAAGGACCUGUACAUUGGAAAAGCAGUGCAGAAGGCUUACCUGGAGGUGACUGAGGAGGGGGCAGAAGGAGCCGUUGGGUCAGGAAUGAUUGCCCUGACCAGGACUCUGGUGCUGUACCCGCAGGUCAUGGCUGAUCACCCAUUCUUCUUUGUCAUCAGAAACAGAAGGACAGGCUCCAUCCUCUUCAUGGGCAGAGUUAUGACCCCAGAAGUCAUUGAUCCGAGUGACCAGGACUUUGACAUAUAAACAGAUAGUGAGAUCACUCAGUCUCACCCAAUCAGCUCCUUGAUGUUUUAAAUGCUACCUAUUCUCUAUCACCAUCCUCAGCUGUGUUUUAUACUCUUUAUGGAAAAAAAGUUAACCUAUAAUUAUAUGAUAUAUUAUAUACUGAAACGUAUCAUAAAACAUAUGAUGUGACUGUGUUUUUAUACUGGAAGCUUUAAAUUCUUGGACACAUACAUGCAGAUCGAGGAAGUUGUAAAUAUUCUCUAGGGAAGUACACUUUGUAUGAACAAGAGGAACACACAGUAUGGAAUCCACGCACAACCCCUUUAAGUUCAGCAGCUUCUUACUUACUUGCACCUACACAUUGGACACAGAAAAAAUUUUCAGGUUGAAAAAUAAUCAGUCUUUCUCAUCCAAUUAUAGUAUGUGCACAUUGUAAGUUACACACUCAAAUACAUCCCUGUACAUCUGGCAUUGUGUUCUAUAUAUACAUAUAUAUGCAGAGUAUUUAUUGCAGGAAAAACAUGUGCAAACACUUCGCUCUGACACAAUAAAGCUUAGUAAUAUGUGUUCUUGAGAGUAUUGAGACAUUUUACGCUGUAGGCACAUGGCUUAACUGCUGAUGAAUUAUUAUGCCUUAUCAUAUCUGAGUGGUUAAUUAAGGCCCAGUUGGGCAUCUUGCAGGUGAGCAGAGGGACUGCAGAACUAGGGCAGGUUGCCAUAGAGAUGGACCGGCGCUAACAGGAGCUCUGGAAUAAAAAUCUGCUCCACUGUUGAGGAUGUAUAUACAGAGAAACAGUAACACCAGCUGUAUUGAUUCUUUGAUUCAAUGAAAAAUGAAUGUGUUCCCAUUAAAAAUAUAUACAUUAUCCUCCAGUGCGUGUAAUGAGUGUUUCUGAAAA